AUGAUGUGUGGUUAUCAACGUGUCAAAUGUACUGCAUGCGAAUUGGAAAUAUUGCAAAAGAAUCUUAGUGAACAUCAAUUAGAAUGUCCAAUGAUUGCAACGACAACUGUAGAUCGCAAAAUUGUUCAUCGACGAAAUGACAUUGUCGAACGUCGUUCUGAUAUAGACAGUAUUAGAGAAGAACUUCGACAAGAAUGUCGAUAUGAGAUUCAGCAAUUCAAACAAGAGAUUCGACAAGCACAAAACGAUCAAAUCACAUUAUUGACAUCGCUUGGUAUCGUCACUGAUAAUAAUAAUGUAAGUGAUUAUAUAAAAUUUCCAUAA